AUAUUUAACUGCAAAGAAAUGAUCAGUCCUUAAGCUAAUGACCUCAAAGAGCAAGAAGGAGGUAAAAAAAACAAAAAAAAUCUGCUCCCUUCUGGAUAUCAAUCUCCUAAAUUAAACCUAACCUCGAGGUACCGAUGGUAUAUGAGUUAAUAUGAGAGACAAAUAAUAAGAUCUUUAUUAAGUUCAAAUAUUUAAAGAAUUCCUCUUGAAAACAGCUACACAUAUUUAGUAAAUUAUGAUUCAGAGUUGUCAAUAUUUAAAAUAUAAGGAGAUCAGAUCUAGAGCUCAUUAGAAACAAAAACAUAUGCCUCAUUUGUGAAAAUUUAUUCAAAUAAAAUACUACCAAAAAGAAUAAAGAGCUAUAUGAUAGACAGAAAUAACAUAAUAUAUGAAUAUGAAUUGGAUUUUAUGAAAGGUGAAAGUCCUUUAUUUAGAAAGUAUGAACUUGAAAUAAAAACAGCAUUUAGAUUAGAAAAUUACAUCUUCUUAUCAGUAAUUAAUUAACUCAUUUUUUAGUGUGUUGUAAGUUAAGAUGGGUCCUUGCUAGUGAUGGUGUCUGAUACUCAAAUUUUCGUUUUGGAUUCAGAAGAUAAAAGUAUUAUGAGAAUAGAAAACCCUCUUAACAUUAAUUAAUUUCCUUAUUACUAAUUUCCUUGUUAAUUCAAUUUUGAUAAGAAAGUUCAUUUAGAACUCAAACCAAACACAAAGUGCUUUAUCUUGGCUCAUGAAUCUUUGGUUGUUAUUUAUAAAAAUUUUAUUAAAAUCAAAUAGUUUGAGCUCAAAAAAUAGUAAACAAUCUUGAAUGUAUUUUGAAUAAUUAUUUUAGAUUAAAUUGUUUGGUAAUUAACUUAUAAUACUGACAAUUUUAGCCAUAAUAAAGAUUGAUAAUAUAUUUAAUGAAUAUAUUCAAUUAAAAGAGGAAGAUUACUUUUAUCCAUUAAUUAAUUAAAAUUUUGAAAAAAAAGAAAAUCAAGAGAGUUAUAUAUAAUAUGGAACAUUUGAGAUUGAAAAUCAAGAAAUAAAGUCAGUUAUCAUUUAUGAUAACAAUAAAUAAUUUUAUUUAAUUGAAAUGCAAAGUAUUUAAUAGGGAUAAAUGCUGAUUAAGGAAAUAAAAGCAUAGUUUGUUGAAGAUGAGAAAAUAGAAAUGAUAGAAGUAGAAAGGAAAACCUUACAAUCAAUAGUAUUGAGAAUUUUUUUUUUCAAAAAGAAUCAUGA